AUGGGUCACCAGAAUGCAUUCAAUCCCAGUAAAACCCUUGACAGUUUGCAUGGCAUCCAUGUUGUCCCUCACUCUCCAUUUGCUUUGAAAGAGAUCAAUCAACAGGAGGACUUACCUCAAUCAACUUGUGAAAGUUCAGGCAAUGGACUGAACCAGCUGCUGUUGAUGCAGAAAGUAUGGCAGCAAAGACCAGGAUGUUUGAGGCCUAUCCAGGGCUGUAUUCAUGGUGAUCGGCAUCUUGCAGAAACAGUUGCCAAUGUGAUUACUUCUCUUCCUUUUAUUGUUCUCGGUAUCCAGGCUCCAAGGAAGAACUUGAAUACUAAGUUGUAUGCUAACUCGUUAAUUGGAGUGGGAGUUGCCUCGAGUUUGUAUCAUUGUUCAAGAGGAAAGCCGAGGAAGUAUAUGAGAUGGCUUGACUAUACAAUGAUAGCCACAGCGACAGUAUGUUUGUCAGGUGCCCUAAGAAAUGAGAACCCAAAGUUUUUGAUGGCUGCAUCUGCAGCAUUGUUGCCUGUCCAGCCUCUGAUGGUCUCUGCUAUUCAUACAGGGAUGAUGGAGGUAGCAUUUGCAAAAAGAGCAUUAAAAGAUCCAGAUCUAAGGAUGGCACAUAAUUUGCAUAAGAUGUCAUCGUUGUUGGGGGGUGUUCUUUUCAUUGCUGAUGAUUGCUUUCCUACUACUCCUUUCCUUCAUGCUGGUUGGCAUCUUGCUGCAGCUAUUGGUGUUGGCACCUGUAACAAGCUUCUUGAGUAG